AUGUCCUGUGAGGAGCGGCUGAGGACUCUGGGCUUGUCCGAUUUGGCAAAAAGGAGGGUGAGGGGUGACCUCAUUGCUCUCUACAGCUUCCUGAGGAGUGGACGUGAAGAGGAAGAUGCUGAACUCUUCUCCCUGGGAUCCAGUGACAGGACACAUGGGAAUGAUUCAAAGCUGUGCUGGCUGAAGACUUUUGAUGAUUACUUCAGAGAUCAGACACAGCAUAUCUUAAAUAACAUGGUUAUAAAACUGCAAGAAGACAACCGAAGGAAAUUUAUGUGGUCUGAGAUUUCUUACUUUUCAAAAUGGUGGGAUGGAAUAGAUAGCCAAAGAAAAGAUGCUGUUAAAAGGUUAAUAAAAGAUGGACAAUUUGAAAUAGUAACAGGAGGAUGGGUCAUGCCUGAUGAAGCCUCUUCUCAUUAUUUUGCUUUAAUUGACCAACUGAUAGAAGGACAUCAAUGGCUGGAAAAGAACCUCGGAGUAAAACCAAAGUCUGGUUGGGCAGUUGACCCUUUUGGGCAUUCACCAACAAUGGCCUACCUUCUGAAACGCACAGGAUUUUCCAAUAUGCUUAUACAGAGAGUUCAUUACUCGGUUAAAAAACAUUUUGCAAUGCAGAAGACACUGGAAUUUUUUUGGAGACAGAACUGGGAUUUGGGAUCCAGUACAGAUAUCCUUUGUCAUAUGAUGCCUUUCUAUAGCUAUGAUAUUCCUCAUACUUGUGGUCCAGAUCCGAAAAUCUGUUGCCAGUUUGAUUUCAAACGUCUUCCUGGAGGAAGAGUAAGCUGUCCAUGGAGAGUUCCACCAGAAGCCAUUCAUGCUGGAAAUGUUCAACACAGGGCUUGGAUGAUUUUAGAUCAAUACAGAAAGAAGUCAAAGCUUUUCCGUACUAAAGUUCUGUUGGCUCCACUAGGGGAUGAUUUCCGCUAUGCUGAGAGCUCAGAAUGGGAUCAGCAGUACCAGAAUUAUCAGAAGCUGUUUGAUUAUAUGAAUUCUCAUCCUGAGUGGCAUGUUAAGGCCCAGUUUGGAACUUUAUCAGAUUACUUCGAAGCUCUGCGCAAAGAAAGCAAUUUGGGUGAAAAGCACAGCAAUUUUUUCCCUGUUUUAAGUGGAGACUUCUUCACCUAUGCAGACAGAGAUCAUCAUUACUGGAGUGGAUACUUUACGUCACGACCAUUCUAUAAACGACUGGACAGAGUCCUGGAAUCCUACUUACGGGCAGCUGAAAUCCUCUACUCCUUGGCUUUGGUACAGUCCAGUAGAUCUGAGAAGAUGAGUGUAUUUCCUUCAGUAGAGAACUAUAAAUUGCUGACAGAAGCUAGGAGGAACCUUGGACUCUUUCAGCAUCAUGAUGCUAUUACAGGAACAUCUAAAGAUUGGGUAGUUGUGGAUUAUGGCACUAGGCUUUUCCAUUCAAUAAUGAACUUGAAGAAAGUGAUAGUUGACUCUGCUCAUAUUCUUGUCCUAAAGGAUAAAGGUGCUUAUAAUUAUGACACAUCAACUCCAUUCCUGAAGAUGGAUGAUGUUCAGUCUUCCCAAGAUUCUUUGCCACGCAAGACCGUUAUAAAGCUGACAUCGCAACCAAGGUACCUUUUGGUGUACAAUCCCAUGGAACAAGAGCGAUUUUCAGUGAUUUCAGUCAAUGUGAAUACACCCAGAGUUCAAUUACUAUCUCCUUUGGGAAAACCUGUUACUGUCCAGAUUAGUGCUGUUUGGGAUGGAGCAACCACAGUAUCACAUGAAGCAUAUCAGAUCUCUUUUGUGGUGCAUCUACCACCUCUGGGACUUGGAGUUUACCAGCUUUUGGAGGUUCAAAGUUCAGAAGCAGUUUUAGCAGACUAUAAUAUAUACAUGAGGAAUAGUAGGCAAGAGAAGCCAGACACACUUUUCAAGAUAAAGGAAAUGCAGAAUUCUGUGGAUAAUAUAAUCUUAGAAAAUUCUUACAUGAAGCUGUGGUUUUCUGGAAUGUCUGGAUUACUGGAGAAAAUAAAUACCAAAGAAGAUGGUAAAAAUCAUCAAAUGAAGGUGGAGUUUGCUUGGUAUGGAACUACAAGUAACCGGGAUAAAAGUGGAGCUUAUCUCUUCUUACCAGAUGGAGAUGCCAAGCCUUAUAUUUUUACAGAUCCGCCUAUCAUAAGAGUUGCUUAUGGAAGGAUUUUCUCAGAAAUUGUAUGUUUUUUCCACCAUGUGACACAUACCAUGCGACUGUAUAAUGUCCAGGGUUUGGAAGGCCAGUCUCUUGAAGUUUCGAAUAUUGUGGAUAUUAGAGGAGAAUAUAAUCGUGAGCUUGCAAUGAGAAUUUCAUCUGACAUAAACAGUCAAAAUAGAUUCUAUACAGAUCUUAAUGGAUAUCAGAUCCAGCCCAGACUGACGAUGAGCAAAUUGCCUCUUCAAGCAAAUAUCUAUCCUAUGACUACAAUGGCUUAUAUUCAAGAUGUUGGCGUUCGUUUGACACUUCAUUCAGCUCAGUCUCUGGGUGUUGCAAGCUUGAAAAACGGUCAGUUGGAAGUGAUCAUGGAUCGUCGACUUAUGCAGGAUGACAACCGUGGUCUUGGACAAGGUGUCCAAGAUAAUAAGAUUACAGCUAAUAUCUUCCGACUUCUGCUGGAAAAAAGACAUGGAACAGAUGUGAAUGAAGAGAAGGCAUCAGUCAGUUUUCCCUCUCUUCUUAGCCAUAUGACUUCUUCUUUCUUAAAUCAUCCUGUAAUUCCAAUGACAACAUAUGCAGAUUCAGGUGUGCCAGAGAUGCUAAAUACUUUUUCUCCACUCAUGUCAUCCAUGCCUUGUGACAUUCAUAUCGUCACUCUGAGGACAAUCCAAUCAAAGGUAGAUAUUGAGCCGUCUGAUGAAGCUGCUCUGAUUCUUCACAGAAAGGGAUUUGACUGUAGAUUUUCAAACAGAGACACGGGUCUGCUCUGUUCCACUACUCAGGGAAAGAUAAAGGUGCAUAAACUCUUUAACAAGUUCAGAGUGGAAAGUCUUACACCUGCAUCUUUAUCUUUGAUGCACUCACCUCCGGAUGCCAGAAAUCUAAGUGAAAUAAAUAUGAGUUCUAUGGACAUAAAUACGUUUCGGAUUCAGCUAAGCUGA